AUGCGCUUUCGCGUUUCGGGUUUUCCUUUCCCUUUCCCUUUCCGCUUUGGGAGAGCUUUCUUCUUUCUCUUCCUCUUCGUCUUCCUCUCGCCGGGAUGGUUUUCCCCAAAGCCGGGAGGACAAAAUCUGCAUCGUCCGAAGUCCCUUUUCGUCCGCGUCGACGCGAGAGGAAGUUUUAUUGGCAGCAACGGUGUUAGCAGCGACGGCACGCGCCACCACCACCAGUACGAGUAUCGCGAACACGCGUUCGUCGGGUACACGGAGAAGACCAAGAAGACCAAGAAGAAGUGCACAGAUGUGGUCCAAAUGUGCGACAGUUGGGCUUCGAAGGGAGAGUGCGAAAAGAACCGGGAGUACAUGUUCGAGAACUGUUGCUGCGGUGCGUCGUAG